CGAUCCUUGCCGUAUUCCUGUAAAGAUCUCCACCCCACCGCAGAGCUGAAACACCUUAAAAGUUUCAGAGGAUCCCAGGCCCGAAUCUGUGGGAUGUUCCUCCUUAGAAGGUUAUUUGUCCGUUCUCUCGUUCCAACAUUCUCUGCUUCCACUCUCCGGCAUUGAAACUCUCCCAGGGAGUCUAGAGAAGCACGGCCUGCUGGGAAAUGUAGUCCACUUUAAAACUGAGACACAUGGCGGAAGUGGCUGGAGAGAGGUUGUUCCGGAUCAUCUCAGUGCCCUACCGGACCUAACCGGGUACUGCUCUGGUUGGUAUCCGCUGGUCCUUGGAAUUCGUAGCCCGUGGGGUCCCAGUUGAGUUCUGCCAUUUCCCAGAGUGCCCCGAGAGCAGAGAAGCAUGGCUAUUGUGGAUGUUAACACUGUGUUCAAGGAGUUGGUGGUGUUCAGGGAUGUGGCUGUGGAGUUCUGUAAGGAGGAGUGGGAGUGCCUGGGCCCAGACCAGAGGUCUUUAUACAGAGAUGUGAUGUUGGAGACCUACAGCAACUUUGUGUCGCUGGGACUUGCCAUUUCUAAGCCUUUAGUAAUUUCACUGCUGGAACAAGGCAAAGAACCGUGGAUGGUGGAGCAAGCAGAAUGGUAUCCAGAUUUGCUGUUUGUAAAUGAAACAAAGAGUUUAUCUCUAGAGCGCGGCAUCUUUGGAAAGGAGUCAUUGAAAUGGAAAAUAAUAGAAAGAGUCGGUAAUUCUUGCCUUGAGGAAUCUAGUUUUGGAAAUGACUGGAGAUGCAAGGGACCCCUUGAGGCACAAGCGGAAUCCCCAGAGGAAUGUUUACAGAGAGUGGCAGCCCCAUUGGAAAAGACGUCAGCCGAAUUCAUUCAGCCUACACCUAUCGCUCUGAGUGAAAUGACUCCCUCUGAAACAAAACACUGUCAACAGGAGGCAGGUGAAUCCAUUACUCAGCAGGUAAGAGUUCCUGCCAGUGACAAACUUAAUGAAGUAUACGAGAACUCGUUUGUCUACUACACAGAUCAGAUGAAACAUCAGCAGGACUUUGCUGGCGAGAAGUGUGAUGAAUUGAAGGAGUGCAGCAGAGGAUUUGCCUAUGACUUCCAUCUUGCCCCAUAUCAGAUCAAUAAGAAGCCCUAUCAGUGUGAGAUCUGUGGCAAGAUCUUUGAAAAGCAUGCUUACCUUGUUCAACAUAAUCGCUUUCACACUGGCGAAAAGCCCUGUGAAUGCAAGGAAUGUGGGAAGGCCUUCACUAACUGCUCCCUGCUCGUCCAGCACCAGAGAGUUCACACGGAUGAGAAGCCGUAUGAGUGCAAGCAUUGUGGGAAGGCCUUCCUCUACUUCUCUACAUUUUUUCAACAUCAGAGAACACACACCAAUGAGAAGCCUUAUGAAUGUCACAAAUGUCAGAAGGCCUUUAACAAGAGUGCAAAUCUUACCAGACAUCAACGAAUUCACAGCGGUGAGAAACCCUAUGAGUGUAACUUAUGUGGAAAGACUUUUACUUGGGCUUCCAACUUGAAUGAUCACCAGAAAAUUCACACUGGUGAAAAACCUUAUGAGUGUAACUAUUGUGAAAAGGCCUUUCUCUGUCAUUCAGCAUUCAUGAAACACUAUAGAACUCACACUAAUGAGAAGCCCUAUGAGUGUCAGGAAUGUAUGAAGGCCUUUAGGCAAAAAGCACAUCUUAUCCAACACCAGAGAGUUCACACUGGCGAGAAGCCUUACGAAUGUAAGGAGUGUGGGAAGGCCUUCGCUUGUCCUUCAUACUUUAAUAGACAUCAGAGAAUUCACACUGGGGAGAGGCCUUAUGAAUGUAAAGAGUGUGGAAAGGCUUUUAUCGAUUGUAAAACUCUUAUUCUACACCAGAGGAUCCACACCGGGGAGAAACCCUUUCAGUGCCAGCAGUGCAGCAAGGCCUUUAGACAGAGGUCCCAUCUUACGCAGCAUCAGAGAAUCCAUACUGGCGAGAAGCCCUAUGAAUGCAAGGAGUGUGGACAGGCUUUCAGAGUCCGCCAGCAGCUUACUUUCCAUCAGAGAAUCCACACAGGUGAGAAACCCUACGAAUGUAAAGAAUGCGGAAAAACCUUCAGACAGUGCGCCCACCUCAGCCGACACCAGAGGAUCCACACUGGCGAGAAGCCGUAUGAGUGUCAAGAGUGCGGGAAGGCCUUCCGCGUGCGGGGACAGCUGAGUCUCCACCAGAGGAUCCACACGGGCGAGAAGCCCUACGAGUGCCGGCAGUGCGGGAAGACCUUCCGCCAGUACGCGCACCUUACCCGGCACCAGCGGCUCAGCAGUGCCGGCACGAGCUACAAGUGCGACGAGUGUGGUCAGACUUUCCUGUGCAGCACGGGCCUGCGGCUGCAUCACAAACUGCACACGGGAGAGAAGCCCUACAGCUGUGCGGAGUGUGGGAAAGCCUUCCGCGUGCGGCAGCAGCUCACCCUGCACGAGCGGAUCCACACGGGCGAGAAGCCCUUUGACUGCAAGGAGUGCGGGAAGAGCUUCAGCCGCGGCUACCAUCUGACGCUCCACCAGAGGAUCCACACCGGGGAGAAGCCGUACGAGUGUAAGGAGUGCCAGAAGUUCUUCCGCCGAUACUCGGAGCUCAUCUCCCACCAGGGUAUUCACGUCGGGGAUAAGCCGUAUGACUGCAAGGAAUGCGGGAAGGCCUUUAGGCUCUUCUCACAGCUGACGCAACACCAGAGUAUCCAUUUUGGUGAGAAGCCGUACAAAUGUUUGGAAUGUGAGAAAACUUUCCGACUACUCUCGCAGCUUACUCAACAUCAGAGCAUCCACACGGGGGAGAAACCGUACGACUGCCAGGAGUGUGGGAAAGCCUUUCGGCUCCACUCGUCACUAAUCCAGCAUCAGAGAAUCCAUUCCGGCGAGAAACCGUACAAGUGUACGGAGUGUAAGAAGGCCUUCCGACAACACUCGCACCUCACCUACCACCAGCGAAUUCACAAGAAUUCUUAAGCAUCCUUUGAAGAACCCUUCCGUUGCAAAUAUGAUAGGGGGCAUUAGAAAAUUCUAGAAGAAAAAGGUUUUAAUCCUUUUUUGCUUCUUGCACAUAAAGUGAUGGCAUGAAAGGUUUCAGAGGAAAGAGGUGUUAAAUUUUAGGAAAUUCUCUCUAGAAUGGGGCUUCACAAAAGGAGUGAAUGUCUAUACCGUACACCUAUAAGGGCGUAGCCAGGGCACCAAUUCAUCUUAAAAAUUAAUAAAUAAAAAGAAUUUCUGUA